CGAGAAUAUACUUCCGGGUCAACAUUAAUUACUCUUGCUACUCAGUCUCAGGUCAACCGUACAGUUAGCCUAAUUAUGUCACCGGCUGGGAGGUCAGAUUGGAUGUGAACAUACGGAUCGUAAUGACAUCAUGAAAAAUAAAGCUGAGUCGAGAAACUAGAACGGUCUAUUGUUGACAGGUGAGUAUAUAUACUCCUGUUGCAGUGCAGUUAAUGCAAACUUUACAUGUCCAGUAGUAGAACGUCUGAUAAACCUAAACCCAGAGGAAUAAAUGGUACUUUAAUCAAUCCAUGAAGACUUCAUUUGAAUGUUGUGUGGUGUUCUGAGGAUAAGAACACAAAAUUCACUACUUAUCUUGACUGCUGUGUUAGCAAUUCUCAGGACCUUCCACGCUGAUGUACCGGUCAAGAGUUGUAACUUGACCAGUCAAUAUAGAUCCCUUGUUCCUGCACUGACUCAAACUGACCAGUACUGUUCUGUUAUUGCUACGAUGACAUCCAAGUCGGUGGUCAAAUCUGUCCUUAGCGUGGAGCAAGAUGAGGGUGUGGGUGCCCGUGUGCGCAGGAGUGUCGGGCGUGCAGAGUUACGGAAUCUUGAUCCAUUCCUGAUGUUGGAUGAGUUCAAAGACAAACAGCCUGGAGGAUUUCCAGAUCAUCCCCAUAGAGGAUUCGAAACUGUAACCUACAUCCUGAAGGGCGCCAUCAGACAUGAAGACUUCUGUGGCCAUGCAGGUACAAUUAACGAAGGUGACCUACAGUGGAUGACCGCCGGUCGAGGUAUUGUCCACUGUGAGAUGCCGUGGGGUGACGGAAUUACCCAUGGCCUCCAGCUGUGGGUCAAUCUGUCUGCUAAAAACAAAAUGAUCAAGCCGGCCUACCAAGAAUUACUGGACAAGGACAUUCCUCGGACCACCAAGGAUGGGGUCACUGUCAAGGUCAUCGCUGGAGAAGCUUUUGGCAUUAAGUCUCCUGUGUACACACGUACCCCAACUAUGUACCUGGAUUUCAAAAUGGAUCCUGGCACGAAACUAGCCCAACCCAUACCAAAGGGGUUCACAUCAUUUCUCUACAUCUUACAAGGAACUGGACACUUUGGGGACAGUGCACACCAGAAGGAGGUCGACACCCAUACUACCGCAGUGCUGAGUAAGGAGGGGGACCAAUUAGAAGCCUACAAUAAGGGUAAAGAGAUGCUCCACUUUGUUUUGAUAGGAGGGGAGCCACUGAACGAACCAAUAGUUCAACAUGGUCCAUUUGUGAUGAAUACCAACCAACAAAUACAGCAGGCUAUCGAUGAUUACCGAAACGGUAAAAACGGAUUUGACGGGGUCAGAACUUGGCAGUCGGAAUACGUGAAGAAACAGAGAAGCCAGCACUAACAUACAUGACUGUUUGUCAUGAACACACAGGAGGAAAUCAAUCAGGCAUUGAAGGAUUAUCAACGUGAGCAGAACGGGUUCGAAAAUGCCUUGACCUGGAACUCGUUUGUUGUCACAGAAGAUCCAAUUGGAGUCUGACCUAAACCAAGGGGGAUAACUCCCACUGCAACACAAGAAACUUAUAAAGCAAGGGGGAUAACUCCUAUUGCGACACAAAAAACUUAUAAAGCAAGGGAGAUAACCCCUACUGCAACACAAAAAGACUUUAAAGCAGAUAUAAUUUAUCAAGACAAGUUUCUGUUGUAAGUUUUGUUAUUUAAAAGAUGGAUUUAUACAUAACCUAUUUUAUGAAGAUUUCUUUUUUACUUUUUACAUUGUUCUUUUUGUUUUUGUCUUUGUUAUUGGUGUAUGUUUACUUUAAAUGACUAAACAACCUGAAGUACUUUGCAAUGCAUAUGUCUUAGGCCACUUUCAUUUUAAUAAUCCAAACGGUUGAAACGGUUGGACCAGAGUUGUUCUUUUAUGAAACAAGGUCGGACCUAGUAAUCUGAUGCUGCUUUCAGGCGAGCCUUGACAUUAUGUCUUGGAAGGCCAGCAUAAACUUUUGCAGGUCCGCUAAGAUUUAUACCCGAAAAUGUUACUUUUAAAAACAGGUAAACCGUUUUUUCCCCAUAAAAUCCAGGCCUUUAGUUACAGCUUCAUACAUUGUACCCAUGAGUUUUCCUUUUUUUUUUUAUAUGUAUUUAUCUGCAGUUGCAAUUGGAAAUUGGUAAUACAUUAUAAUGUAUUAAAUGCCCCCUCCAUAUCCUUUAAGUUUAUUCCAUGUGAUUUCCUCUCUCAUAUUAUAUAUAUAUAUAUUAUAUCCCUUUUUGUUGUCAUAUCUUUUGUUGUGUUUACUUUAUUCAUUCUUCUGAAUAUCAAAUUUAAAGGACAAUACAAGGUAAUCCUGUUUCAAUAGGGCACUCAAAAUCCUAUAUAUCAUUUACCUUACUCAGGAUUAUAAGUCUGGGAUAUUUAACUUAAUUGUUACCUUUUCUCAGACGGGUACAUUUAUUAACAUGCUGGUAAAAGUAAUGAUCUCUCUCGACAGCUCUAUGAGAGUUUCUUUGCUUAUCUCCCUUUGAUGACCAUGUAUUCAAAUCGAUAUAUUUUUGAAGAUUGAAGUCUGUGACUUUUGAUAAAUAUGAAAUUAUUGAUAUAUAAUAUAAGAAGCACAGGAUCUUGCCCGUAUGCCUAGACUGCUAAUCAAAUAUAUACAUUUGUAUAUGACAUUUCUCAAUUUCUUAAUUGUUACCUGAACUGCGAAGUUGCCAUGGUGGCCAAGUGGUUAAGGCGUCUGGCAUUCUGCUACCAAUAGCCCUCCACCACUAGGUCACAGGUUCGAGACCU